AUGGCAUUAGUGGUUUUGCUGCUGGUACUGCUCCCCCAUAUAACAUCUGAAACUCACAUUCGUAUGUGCAGGGUCCAGCAUCCACCUCAGCCUGUUCACAGAUACUAUCAGAAUGGAGACCUCAUCAUUGGUGUCAUUGCUUCUCAGAGCUUCAUUGUCUCUAGCUCAAUAGACUUCACCAAACAGCCACCUCCAACAUUGAAUGAAGACUUAAUUAUAGUACCUAAUAAUUACCAACACAUCCUGGCCUUGGCCUUCUCAGUAAAGGAGAUCAAUGAAAACCCUCAGAUCUUACCCAAUAUCACCCUGGGCUUCCACAUCUAUGACAGCUAUUUCAAUGCCAAGGCGACCUAUCAUGCCACUAUACUACUUACUUCAACUCUGGAGAGAUUUGUCCCCAAUUACAUAUGCAAUAUCCAGAAUAAUCUAAUAGUAGUGAUUGGGGGACUGGACUCCGAAAUCUCCCUUCAUGUGGCAAAUGCCUUGGAUAUUUACAAGAUUCCACAGCUCCAUCAUUCCCUUAGAAGUAUCUCAUUUAACAACAGCUUUGGGGAAAUGGUUUCCUUUGACAAUAACAGACAGUUUGUAGCUGGAUUUGAUGUUACCAACUGGGUUAAUUCUGGAGAAGAACCUGUAGUGAAAGUUGGGAGGAUGGAUCCCAAGGCUCACCCAGGCCAAGCGUUCACCAUCAACGAAGAUGCCAUUACAUGGCACAGCUGGUUUAACCAGACACAACCUGUUUCUGUGUGUACCGAGAGUUGCCAUCCUGGUUCCAGCAAGAAAGUGAAGGAGGGGGAGCCAUUUUGCUGCUAUGAUUGCAUCCCAUGUCCAGAAGGGAAGAUUUCAGAUAAGGAUGAUUUGAGUGAUUGUUAUGAAUGCACAGAUGAAAAUUAUCCAAACAAAAACAGAGAUUUGUGUAUUCCCAAGAAUGUAAGCUACCUGACAUUUGAAGAACCUUUGGGACUCACUUUAGCCUGUUUGUCUCUUUCAUUUUGUUUGAUCACAGCUCUUGUCCUAGUGACCUUUAUGAAGCACCAUGACACCCCUAUUGUCAAAGCGAACAACCGGGACCUCACCUACAUUCUCCUUAUCUCCCUCCUACUCUGCUUCAUUUGUGCAUUGCUAUUCAUUGGCAAACCUUGGAAGGUGACAUGUCUCCUCCGGCAAACUGCUUUUGGCAUCAUCUUCUCUGUGGCUGUUUCUUGUGUGCUGGCAAAAACCAUCACAGUUGUCCUGGCUUUCAUGGCCACUAAGCCAGGAUCUAGGGUGAAGAAAUGGAUUGGGAGAAGCCUUGCCUACUCCAUUGUCAUCUCCUGUUCUGUCAUUCAAGCAGGCACCUGCCUUGUGUGGCUGGCAACUAAUCCUCCAUUCCCAGAUGUUGACACACACUCUGUGUCUGAUGAAAUUAUACUUGAAUGUAAUGAGAACUCUGUGACUAUGUUUUACUGUGUUCUUGGCUACCUGGGCUUCCUGGCUAUUGUUAGUUUCACUGUAGCUUUCCUUGCCAGGAAGUUACCUGACAGUUUCAAUGAAGCCAAGUUUAUCACUUUCAGUAUGCUGGUCUUCUGCAGUGUUUGGUUAUCUUUUGUUCCAACUUACUUGAGCACUAAAGGGAAAUACAUGGUAGCAGUGGAGAUCUUUUCUAUCUUAACCUCUAGUGCUGGGCUGCUGGGCUGUAUCUUUUCUCCAAAAUGUUACAUUAUUUUGUUGAGGCCUGAGCUGAAUGACAGGGGCCUGCUAAUAAGAAGAAAGUCUUAA